GCAAGCCGGACGUCCUGCAGGGGUCAGGAGCUCUAUUUAAACCCACGGGUCAGUCCAGCAGGGUCACUUACACCAAGAGAUCAUGCUGCUGCUGCUGCUGCUGCUGGUUAUGCUCCAGACCAUCCUCACACUCACUCUUACUUACGAUGAUUUCUGUUAUGAUGAUGGUCAGUGUGACCCAUACGCAUGGGGGGACAUGUUUCCGUCCUGUCACCCCCUGCUGGAUGCUCAUCACUCCCCAAUUGACCUCGGCUGGCAGCAGGUCAGAGAUGCCCAGCUGGAUGAGCUACAGCUCUCCGGAUUCAACAGCACUCCUAAAGGCCAGUGGAGACUGACCAACCAGGGCCACUCGGUUGUGUUGGAGGUGGGCGGUGGGCUAUCAGUGAGCGGUGGUGGUCUUCCUGGAUUGUAUCGGACAGUCCAGCUGCAUUUCCACUGGGGCAGCGCGUCCACCAACGGCUCCGAACACACACUCCUCCUGCAGCGCUUCCCCAUGGAGAUGCAUAUCGUCAGUAUUAAAUCCUCUCACCCGAAUCUGACCGCUGCUCUGGAUGACCCAACCGGCCUUGCUGUACUUGCCAUCUUCAUUGAUCUGAGCUACAUGGACAACGAGAACUUCCAGCCGAUCUCCAGCGCACUGCCCUUCAUCACAUAUAGAGGUCAGGAGAAGUCCAUCCGGCCAUUCCCCCUGCUGACUCUGCUGCCCCAGGCUAACUUGUCUCAGUAUUACCGCUACCAUGGCAGCCUGACCACACCCCCCUGCUCACAUGCUGUGCUGUGGACCAUUUAUGAGAUGCCCAUCUCCAUCUCCUGGGCACAGUUUGAGCCAUUUGUCAGCGGGAUUUACUCUACAGAGGAGGGAGCAGAGCCUGCAGCUCUUCUGCAGAACAACUUCAGACACAUCCACCGCACUUAUAGCCAUGUUUACGCCUCCAAACAUGCCCGCCUGCUCUCCAGCGCCCCCCUGUUCACCACCUGCCCAGUCACACUCCCCCUCUUCCUCAUCCUCACUGCUCUUAGGUCAGCCUUCAGCACACUGAACUGGUAAAACUGAUCUUCAGUGAGGAACAUUCAGCAAAGCCUGUGGAGGGAUGAGGGAAACAGCAGUUCAAAGGCCAGGAGCUCCAGUGAAGAAACCGAGCAGACUCCACUUCCUGAUACAGGAAGAGACCACAUUUCAACGGCAUUGAUGAUUAUAGAUUUGAUUAGGUUGUGAUUAUUUAGGGAGCGAUUCAAUGAAUCUUGAAAUCUCAUAUUUCACCAAUCGAUUUGAUUCAGUUCGGCUCAAUUGGUCAAACAGCAGGGGGCGCUCCGGCCACCUUUCUUCACUGUGUGUUUUUGAACACAGAACAAAAGGUUUUGACUAAAUUAAAUUUCGAAUCCAGAUUCCCAUCCUUGGUUUUAUGAUAACUACUAGUUAAUUGAACCUCUUAUAUAACUGAAUGGCCACUGAGAGGAGUGACCACAAAAUCUAGGACUGGACACUUUAAUACACAAUAACUGUUUAUUGAAUUUAACAUGUUGGAAAAAAUUUAAAUGCCACGUUAUAUUUUAUUUUCUCCCCAAUGUGUUAAAUUCAGCCAAUAAACAGUAAUUGUGUAUUAAAAUGUACAGAUGUGUCUCUGUAGAUGUGCUUACUUAUCCACACUCAGUAAAUCAACAACAUAAAAUUUGGCAAGGGGCUCACAAACUUUGGCACAAGACUGUGUAGGCAGGACUGAGCAAACAAGGCAUGUCAGUCUAACUGUUUAAAAUGGUUUAUCUGGGCAAGAUCACUAUUAUAAAUACACUGAAGUGAAUAUAUAGAAAUAAUAUAAAGUGUUAAUUUUUCAGAAAUGUAGUUGAUAUUUUGUGAGCUGGGUUGUAGAGCAAAGUUUGCUUCUUGUUUUCUCCUGCAGCAACACAGAUUUAUAAAGCUCCAUCCGCAGCUCCUGAUCUGUCAUCAUGAAGUAUUGAUCAGAUAAAGCAGGUGCUGGAUAAUCAAUACAGUUACAGAAGACAGGAAACACAAACUCACUGACACACAAAAUCACUACUUACUGCAUCAACGCUAUUUAAUUAUGUUGGUUACUAUUAUGAUUAUAUAUAUUAUGAGGUGUAACAUUUAUAUACAUAUAGUGAUAUGCAAAGAUUUGAGCACCCCAGUCAGUGUUUAGAGGAUUUUCUAAGUGUAAACAAGUUCACACGCUCUCUAUAGACAUACAUAAAUAUAAGAUUUUUAGUGCACAAUUUCUGUUUAUUUGCUGAACUUACUGGAAAUAAAAAAAUAUUCCUAGCA